AGCAUGUGCUCAUCAGCUGUGGUGAUGCUUCUUUGCUGAGGGGUUACAAAAAGGUUUGCAAACACCACAAUAUUAACUGACCUUCUUAGGCUAAUUAGAAAGCAUGCUGAAUUUUUAUCUUCUUUCCAUAGCCAUGCCAUCCAGGGCUACCUGAUACCUGUCACCAGGUUGAAUUACACAGGCGGCUGCCAUAAUGCCAUAUGCAACAGAUGACUGAACAGGCAGCCACAGCGACUCACUGAAAACAUUUCCAGAGCAGACUGGCUUAGCAACCUCAGAAUUUCCUUGUGGUUUCUUUUGAUAAUGAAGAAAGAAAACAGUUUUGCUUUUAACUAUGACUUCUCAGGAAGAGUUGAGUCAAGUACAAGAGACAAAUCCCACUACUGGAAGUCUUGAAAUCAUCUCUAUUACAGAAGAUGAACCACCAGUCCCAGAAAUACAGUUUUCCUUCAAACGAUUUUUCUGCAUACCACAAGCAAAAGUGGACCCCACUGCAGAUGGAUGUGGAGAUAUCGAACCACCUUCAAUGUGCCAUGUUUUUAUGUCCCUAAAGUACUUUCCAUAUAUCUGUGGUUUAUUCCUCGCAGUAAUCCUAGCAGUUGCCAUUGGCCUGGGUGUCCAAUACAACUGCAUUGGGAAGUUUCGCUGCAGAUCAUCCUUUAAGUGUAUCCAGAAAUCAGCCAGGUGCAAUGGUGUCUUCAACUGUAAAGAAGGGGAGGAUGAGUACAGAUGUGUCAGGUUGAGUGGCAAGAAAGCAGUGCUGCAAGUGUUCACUUCUGGAUCCUGGCGAACAGUCUGCUCUGAUGACUGGAAAGCAGAGUAUGGAAAUACUACCUGCAAACACCUGGGUUUCUCAAGUUACGUGAGUUCAGGUUACCUGCCCGUGGCUGCUGUUGAAAAACAGUUUCAAAGACAUUUCGUAUCCCUCAGUGAGUGGUUAUCAGCAGAUCAAGCUACAUCCCUGCACAAUGCAACAAGCCUCAGAGAGGAAUGCACUUCUGGCAAUGUGAUCAUCUUAAAAUGUUUGGCAUGUGGGACACGGGCCAGCUACAGGCCACGGAUCGUGGGGGGCAACGCGUCCUCCCCUCAGCAGUGGCCCUGGCAGGUCAGCCUGCAGUUCCAUGGGCAGCACCUCUGCGGAGGGUCCGUCAUCACCCCGCGCUGGAUCAUCACAGCUGCCCACUGUGUCUAUGACCUGUACUUCCCGAAGUCAUGGAGUGUGCAGGUUGGUUUUGUGACUCAGCAAGAUACCCAGGUUCACUCAUAUUUGGUGGAAAAAAUUAUAUACCAUCGAAAUUAUAAACCCAAGACAAUGAGAAAUGAUAUAGCACUGAUGAAACUGGCAGCACCGCUUGCUCUCAAUGGUCACAUAGAGCCAAUUUGUCUGCCUAAUUUUGGUGAACAGUUCCCAGAAGGGAAAAUGUGCUGGGUAUCAGGAUGGGGAGCAACUGUGGAAGGAGGUGAUACAUCUGACACCAUGAAUUAUGCAGGUGUUCCUCUGAUUUCUAAUGCAAUUUGCAAUCACAGGGAUGUCUAUGGAGGGAUCAUAAGUCCUUCAAUGCUUUGUGCCGGUUUCCUGAAGGGAGGGGUAGACACGUGCCAGGGAGAUAGUGGGGGCCCUUUAGCAUGUGAAGAUAGGAGUAUCUGGAAGUUGGUGGGGACCACCAGCUUUGGAGUGGGCUGUGCAGAAAAGAACAAGCCGGGUGUCUACAGCCGAACCACCUCUUUCCUGGACUGGAUACAUGAACAGAUGGAGAGAGAAGAGCUGCAGACCUGAGGAGAGUAGUGGCGCUUCUGAACACUCACAGCCCCACAGAAGGACUCACCACACUCUUCUGGACACCUGCUCCAAACUUUGUACCUUCACAGACUACUUUGUACCAUUUGGUUUUGGUACUGGUAGCUGUACUUAAUGAAAACUGCUGCACAUCCAGCCUCCUUUGGAUGGAAGAGACAGUCGAAUGCUGGAUAAUGGGCAUGCGUAUUUACUGUCAGCUAUGAAUUUCACACAUAGAAAAAGCUCUAAGACUGAUAACCCAGGAUGCUUUAUCCCAAUAAAGUUUUUCAGGAACAAUGAGUAAAAGACUAGAACAACUUCAGAUCAGGUUGUUAGCUGUUAUUUAAUACUUACCUUCCAAGAACCAGAUGACAAAAAGACUUCUUUUCUGGAAGUAUUCAUGUAUAAAGUCCACGCUUGCACAGGGAGCAGUAGCUUUCUCUGAAGCCAUAAAGCAAGCCGGAAGUAGCAGUUGGCAAGCAUUUGGCAAGUAUGCUCAACUCUUUUUGGAAAAAUUCUCUGGAUUCUAAUCUUUUAUCAUGUGGCUGUGAGCAAAGUCCCUAAAAAUGAGGGAGUUGAGAGGGGUAUUCUUGUGAUAAAUAACUCUGGAAUGAGCAACACAGGCUGUAACUUCACUGAAAAAUCCUGAGAUUACUGAAAGGGAAGUCUGAAAGGGAAGAGAAGCUUCUUUACUGCCUUUCAAUAGGCUAAAGAGCCAAAAUCAUUGCUGUAUAUAUGAUGAACGAUGCAGUGCAAUAGCCACCGAAUACUCCCAAGUUUGCAUGAUGUAGUACAGCUCACCAAGGCACUCAUGCUCAGUCGCCUUCCAUGUUUUCCUUCUCUUUCUCUGCAGACAGGACAAUAUAGAUCCCUCACUCUUUGUACCUGUUAGUGACAUCAGUACACUAUGCAGAUGAACUGAUGUCAGCCAGGCAAAGGACAAAAUAUCUGAAGUGCUGCUGUGGUUUCCUAUUUGACAAGACUUUUUAAUGUAACAGCCUCGUGUUGUUAGGUUGGAAAGCACGCAAUUGUUUUACACUUGCUCUUUGUAAAAAUCCUGGGUGGAAGUUGUCAAUUUUAGAAUUGAUUGUCUGGGUCUAGGUGGGCUGAAUAAUGGAUAAUAUUGUUAGAGCUUUUCAAUAUCAGCCAAAAUUGAUCUUAUCAUCUUAUCAAGUGUGCUGAUCUGCUUGAAAUGUGGUUUUGGGUGCGCCUGUGUGCUUCUAAAUCAGUAUCCGUGUCACCACUGUCAUCCACCACUGCCACAAGAAAGUGCUGGCAGAACUGGAACUGCAUUUUCACUGCAAUAUGUUGGAUCAAAAUUGAGAGAGAACAGCAAACCUGCACGAACUGUCAACCUCCAUGUUGCUCUUUGAUCUCAGAGGACACUUCACCAAUACUUUUCACCCUGGCUAAAGAAACUGCAGUACAAUGGAAACAGCACUUACAAACCUGGCACAUUGUUGAAAAGAAGAGGGAAGCAUUAUUGCAAAGCUGAUAUAAAAACAGGAAUAAAAUGGGAAAUUUGACAGAACCAUGAUGGAAUUAAAACAAUGUUGAGCCCUUGUGUAACUAGGAAGUUUUCAGGAGAGCUUUAAUGUUCACUGGUUGUUUCCAUAACAUAUUCACAGCCCCAGCAGGGCUCGUGUUUUAGAAUUAUCAGCAGUCUGGAGAUGAGGGCACUGCUGUCUGAGCUCAUGGAGUUGUUAUUUCAUGUUUCUGAAAGGACCCCUGAAAAUUCUGUUUGGACUCCUUUUAUUUCCAUGAGAAGACUGUAUAAUGAGUAUCCAUUGUGAUCUUUAUGUUAAAGAGAAAUGCAAUGUAAAAUGUAGAAAGGUAGUGAAUUCUUCUCAGCAAGAAGCCACACUGACCCCCAGAUCAAUGGCAGACACUUAUGAGUAUACCUAGCUCAGGUU